AUGAGCAGUGAAAAGAUCACCUCCUUCGAAAAGCAUGUCAAUUUCAAUCUCCGUCCCAAGAUCAGAAAGCUGCAGAUCUACCGUGACAAAGUGAUUGAAGAGCAAUCUGAAUAUCGGCGGUUAUUCGAGACGAUGGAAAAAUUCAUCUCCACUGGGCGUAAAGGAAAUAUGAGAACAAAGGCUGAUUUGGGAAAUAACUUUUACUGCGACGCCGAAAUCGACAACUGUGAGCUAGUUGCUGUGAAUUUAGGCCACGGAGUGUUUCUUGAGCUGACCCAAGUUGAAGCACGAGACUACUGUAAGAAGAAAGAAGAACUGCUCGAGGCGAAAGUCAGCGCGCUCACUGAAGAAAUCUGCGAGGCAAAAGCGGAAGUCAGGUUCGUGCUUGAAGGCGUCCGCGAACUCAACCAGAUGGCGGCAGAACCCGAAGCAAAAAGAAAAAUAUCUUCAACUUUUAAGCAUCAAUCUGUCUUCAACGCUUUUCACUCGCCAAAGUUCUCCGCAAUAAAAUCUGAAAAAGGAAAACAUUCGGAGUAA